AUGAACAACUUCGCCCUUACGUUGCUCAGCACCUUGGGCGCCAAGAAGCACUCCAUGUUCACGGCCGAACAGGCCUCAGAGCUCUCUCGCUUGAGGAAAAUGCUGGAGAGAAUCGACGAUCAGAACAACUUCGAAGGUGAACGUGCCAACGCAGCGCGUCUUCUUCAGCAAUGCCUCCAGCGGCUGGACCUGGAUGAAGCACGUUUGCGAGCAUCGUGCGGCUGUAUGUCAGGUGAGGAUUCCAACAAACCAACUCUGGCGAAGUUGGAAUUCACCAAGCGCCUCACGUCGAGGCGUGCUUGGUUUGAGGAGCAUGCCAUGCGCAUAGCGCAUCCCAUGGGGGUGGCGGUGUUGGCAAACAAGGCCUCCGGCCAUUUUGGCCGAACAGGCCACAAUGGAGUGGCCCUCUGCGGCAAACCCGCUGCUUGCAUCUUGGCCGCUGCAGCAAUUGCGAAGAUUGCGGAAGCGGCGUUGCAAAGCUGUAGCAAGUCGGACCAGGACACCUUCUGUGCCAACUUCUGCCGAAGCUGCCGCUUGGUGGAUAUGUCUGAUCCGGAUGCCCAGCAGAAACAGCUUGAAGUUUCCCAGCAAUGGCUGCAUAACGACUUCUGUGCCAAAGAUGCUUCAGCAGAUUGGAACACGCCCAAACGGUUCAGAGAGUCCACGCCAACAGCGCGUGAAGGGACUCUGAGUGGGGAGAAGAAGCGACGUGUUUUCGAACCAAUGAACGAGUUGGUUCAGAAGCAGCACGUCCGAUGUUUGAUGUACUAG